AUGGUUCGCUACGCCGCCGCCGCCCUCGCCACAAAUCCUGAAAAAACUUCCCGUGCCCGCGGCGAAUAUCUUCGCACACACUUCAAGAACAUGCGGGAGGUGGCCGCUGCUCUGUCUGGCAUGAAACUUACGAAGGCCUACGACUAUCUUGGUGAUGUGAAGGAUCAUAAGCGGGUGAUUCCUUUCCGGAGAUUCGCAGGUGGUGUUGGACGGGCUAGUCAAGCUAAGGAAUUCAAGGCCACCCAAGGUCGUUGGCCCGAGAAAUCCGUCAAAUUCAUCCUCCGUCUCCUGAAGAAUGCCGAAUCAAACGCCGACGCGAAAAACCUGGACGUUGAAGACCUUACCAUCACGAACAUUGUUGUACAGCAGGCUCCCAAAACCCGCCGCCGCACUUACCGUGCGCACGGUCGCAUCAACCCAUACCAGGGACAUCCCACACAUGUUGAAAUUAUUCUUGCUGCAUCUGAAGUCGAGGUGGAGAAAGCAACAGACAAGGCACCCUCCACAUCACUCGUUGGCCUCAACCGACGACAGGUAGCGAGGAGGCGGAUUGAGGCUGCUCGUGUUUAG